AUGAAGGCUUUUCUUAUUGCAUUCUUACUCUUUGCCUCUGUUUUCAUCAUUCCCACUUCAACUCUGGCUCGAGAGCUCAAUGAAGGGUCGUUUCAGACGGAAGACCCUAAUAAUCCUGCUGUUAAAUGUGAUACCAAUAACGGGUAUAGAAGUUGCUAUGCAACGACACCGCCAAUCAAAUCGGCAGCAUCACCAUGCUCAGAUUACAGUCAUGAGUGA